AAGAGGAUCAACCUAUGAGCAAUUUUACAUUUAAACAUUUAUUUGCUAUUCGAUCUAUACCAUGGAAUUCUGAAUCAACAACUAAAUCUGAUAAAGCUAUAUAUGCAGAAUUGUUUGAAUUAUUAAAAAAGGUUAUUGAUACAGCUAUUAGAGCCAAUGCAUCACAAAAACUAUCUGAUACCUUAAAAUCAUUGCUUUACGAUAUGCAGAAUAAAAUUGACGAAAAUCAACCAACUGAUUAUAAUCAUAUUACUGUCAUUAAUCCUAGUAUUACUAGGCACAAAGGCUGA